AUGCGCACUACGCUCAAAGAUAAACGUGUUUUUCUAUGCAUGAUUCUAAUCUUCGUCAAACAAUCGACAUUGGGAUGUCGGUGUGUUGAUCACGACAAUUCGAACCCACCUAAACUACUAACAUCCAUACAAAAUUCACCCGGUGAUAGAAUGAUGAUAUGUUCAUACCACUACCAUGCUGUACACUAUUUCUGUGUCUACGAUAACAGCAAUGGUCAAUUACUCUAUGAUAACGAUCAAGGUCAUUGUUCAACGGCCAUUGGCGAUUGCAAUGCAGCCAGUGGAACAAAUGAUUUAGUCCGCGGUUUACCAGAACUCUUUGAAAAAUCUGCUGCAAAUGUUCCAAACGAGUUUCUUGUUCAGCAAGACCAGAUGACAAAUGCUUCGAAUUCUUCGACGACAUCCUCAAUAAGUACACUGACACCAUGCUACACAUACAUACCGUCGACUUUCACAGUGACUAUCAGUUAUGCAAGUACACUAUCAACAUUCACUGUAACAACACCCACUACUUUUACCAUAACCACACCGACUACAUUUACUUUUACUACAAUGACUAUAACGACACCCUCAACAUUUACUGUAACAACACCCUCGACAUUUACUGCAACAACACCCACUACUUUUACCAUAACUACACCGACUACUUUUACUUUUACUACAAUGACUAUAACGACACCAUCUACAUUUACCAUAACAACACCCUCAACAUUCACUGUAACAACUCCCACUACUUUUACCGUAACUACACCGACUACAUUUACUUUUACUACAAUGACUAUAACGACACCGUCUACCUUUACCGUAACAACACCCUCAACAUUUACUGUAACAACACCAACUACUUUUACCGUAACUACACCAUCCGCUUUUACUAUGACCGUAAGUUAUCCGUCACUAUCGCCAUGUAUACCAUACACCCUCUCAACUGACACAACGACUUCAAGCAUGUCAACAACUAUGACCAUGACACCCACUACUGCAUUCCCUGCGUCUACAGCGUCAUACAGCAGUUCAACGAUAUCAUCAACUAUGACAACGACACCUAAUUCACCCACAAUUACAAUGACAUCCACCACUUUCACGAUAUCGCCCACUAUGAUAACAACACCUAGUACCUUCACAAUUACAAUGACAUCCACUACUUCUGUUAUAACAGUAACAUUGAAUAACUUUACUGUGUUACCUACAAGUGCAAUAACCCUCGGUAGUUCCACAAUUACAAUGACACUCAGCACUCCUACUGUGACAAUGACAACGACAACUAACACUGCUACAGUGUCAUCGACACCCACAAUGACGGUGACAACUAGCACUGCUACCAUGUCACCGACAACCACAAUGACAACUAACACUGCUACCAUGUCAUCAACACCCACAAUGAUAACUAACACAACUACCGUGUCAUCGACGCCCACAAUGACGGUGACAACUAGCACUGCUACCAUGUCACCGACAACCACAAUGACAACUAACACUGCUACUAUGUCAUCGUCACCCACAAUGACAACGACAACUAACACUGCUACAGUGUCAUCGACAUCCACAAUGACAACUAACACUGCUACCAUGUCAUCGACAUCCACAAUGACAACGACAACUAACACUGCUACAGUGUCAUCGACGCAGACGCUGACAUCAAGCACACAAAGCACAUCAACAACUACACAGACGACAGUCUCAACUCUUUCUGUAACCACCCAAACUACAGGUAAUUCCACGAACAGUUUUUCUUCAGCUCAUCUCAUUUCCAAUUCAUUAGGAUCGUCGAGUAGCACACAAACAUCAACGAGCUCAACAAGUAGUACUACUCAAACAUCAGUUACAAUAGUGCGUGACUCAUUUAUUGAUUUCACAUUGAGUGGCGACUUCGGCAUUAGUUCGAAUCAAACUGUUAAUGCUACGGCCCAGGCACUCUUACAAGUUUUCCUUGGAUGUAUUCCUGUGGCUAGCGCGCAGCAGAUUGUGAUAACCUUUCAGCGAGCUCGUACGCUCGGUUCUGCUCAGAUUCGACUUUACAGCACGUCUACUCUUUCUGCUCAGACACUUUUUCAGGAUAUCAAUCAGCAACUCAGUAAUUCAUCAUCACCAUUAAGACAGAAUCAAACGACUGCACAAUUGACACAGACGUCUAUUACAAACACGAAGACUUACUACUACUGUGCCAACGAUGUCAUACAAGAGAGCCCAUGCAGCUCAACGGACAAGCUUUCUUUAGCAGCAGUAAUCGUUCCAUCAGUUAUUGGCAGUAUACUUUUAUUUUCUGCGAUUGGAAUUUUAUUCGUCUAUGUGCGACGACGUUCGUACCAAAAAACUCGAUUUUGA